UGCUGGCUUUUUGAAGAGACUAGUCAGUUGUCUUGCAGAGUGCACGUGUUCUUGGUUAUCUGAUUAUUUCUUCAUAGUGUCUUUAAGUUGUUCUUUUAUCCCCUGUCUGUUCUGUCAGGAUUCACUUGACAGGACUUCUGAGUGAUUCUGUGUACUUCAUAUUCUAUCACAUCAGGAGGCGCUCCUAAAUGUAAUCUCUUGGUUAGGAAGUGCUGCCAGCUCACUGUACAUUUUUCACUUUGUAAUUAACUACCUACCAUAGCACCUUUGAAGGAUAGUGGAUUCUAUAUCCAUUUGACCUUCCUCCAGUAGUCUCUGAUUGUUCCCUAGCUUUCUGACCCAAGACAAAUAAGGUUUACUUUGUAGUUUCCCUGUCCCAGAUCUGGAAUCCAGCCUGUCUCCAAGGAACCCUUGUUUCUGGUAGGAAUGUCUUUAGAAAUCUAGUUCUGCCUGUUCAGUAUGCUCUGUACUGAGCCACUGGCUGGAGUCCCUGCCUCGAGAAGAAAGGUACUGACAUCUUCAAGGAAGUUUGCUGAUGGCUCUGGAGGACACAAAUAAAACUGCUAAUGGGCAGUUUUUCAAAGCAGCAUGGUAAAAAGUGAAAAAUGGUAUAGGGAAGGUCCUAGAAGGCCUCCUGAAGGAGGGGUUAAGAAAUGGAUUUGGGCACACUGAAAAAAAUAAAUAAAAAGGAAUGUUUUAAAGGAAGUUGGGCAACUCACAAGUUACUGCAUAAGAAAGCAAAAGAUGAAAAAGCCAAGCGAGAAGUGUCUUCCUGGACUGUAGAAGGGGAUAUCAACACUGAUCCAUGGGCAGGUUAUCGAUAUACUGGAAAACUCAGACCCCAUUAUCCACUGAUGCCAACAAGGCCAGUGCCAAGUUAUAUUCAAAGACCAGAUUAUGCUGAUCACCCUUUAGGAAUGUCUGAAUCUGAGCAAGCUCUUAAAGGUACUUCUCAGAUUAAGUUACUCUCAUCUGAAGAUAUAGAAGGGAUGCGGCUCGUAUGUCGGCUUGCUAGAGAAGUAUUGGACAUUGCCGCUGGGAUGAUUAAACCAGGUGUAACUACUGAAGAAAUAGAUCAUGCUGUACACUUAGCAUGCAUUGCAAGAAAUUGCUAUCCUUCACCCCUGAAUUAUUAUAAUUUCCCGAAGUCUUGUUGUACUUCAGUGAAUGAAGUGAUUUGCCAUGGAAUUCCAGACAGACGGCCCUUGCAAGAAGGUGAUAUUGUUAAUGUGGACAUCACUCUUUAUCGGAAUGGUUAUCAUGGGGACCUGAAUGAGACAUUUUUUGUUGGAGACGUGGAUGAGGGAGCUCGGAAACUGGUUCAGACCACGUAUGAGUGCCUGAUGCAAGCCAUUGACGCAGUAAAGCCUGGUGUUCGAUACAGAGAAUUGGGAAACAUUAUUCAGAAGCACGCACAAGCCAAUGGAUUUUCAGUUGUUCGAAGUUACUGUGGGCAUGGAAUCCACAAGCUUUUUCAUACAGCCCCCAAUGUACCCCACUACGCCAAAAAUAAAGCAGUUGGAGUGAUGAAGGCUGGUCAUGUAUUUACAAUUGAGCCAAUGAUUUGUGAAGGCGGAUGGCAGGAUGAAACCUGGCCAGAUGGCUGGACGGCGGUGACGAGAGAUGGGAAGCGAUCAGCCCAGUUCGAGCACACUCUGCUGGUCACGGACACGGGCUGUGAGAUCCUGACCCGGCGGCUUGAUAGCGCGCAGCCUCACUUCACGUCCCAAUUUUAAUUUCCCCUGAGACGGCACAUCUCACUUAUACUUUCUGGCCGUACUCCACAUUUUAUUGAGAGUACAGAACGGAAGAGGAAAUUUUUUUAUGACUUGUUUUGUUUUGACUAUCGAUAAGGAAGGACUACAACAUCCGACAUGUGUCCUCAGGAACUUGUCUUGGGUCUGAAAAGGCCAAGAAGAAUAAAGGAAGCAUUUCUCAACUCCCCCCACCACCACCCCAACAUCUCUGCACCCCUGUUUUCCUUCCUUGCCCUUUGAGCACUUUUACUUAAACCUGCUUCUAGUUGCUUCUGUUACUGCCACCACUGGGCCAGCACCGCCAGCUGCUUUCCAGGUGAGUGCUGGAGAGGAGAAUCCUUGAGACUUCUGCGACAUACGUUGCUCCCAAUUUUUUUUUUUUUAAUAUUAUGUAUGUGUGGAAGUAUAUACGUAUACAUUUUAAAUUCCAUGUAUGUAAUUACUAAAUACUAUGUGACCUGGGGUUUGUGCUCAUUCUGCCCUGAUGGGGUUCUGUGCUGUCAUAAACAGACCCAUUGUUUGCAGUGAUUUAAUUCCCAGCUGGAAAUUGGCUUCCCUCCUCCCCCUGCUGAUUCUUUACGCUUAUAAUUGUGCGUAAGAAAGCACUCGGUCAGUGAGACCCUUUAGUGCGGGCUCUGUGUGAGUGAAUGCAUGUGGCAAAAUCCACUUUGGACAAACGUCAUCAGGUUUUUAAAAGUCGAGUUUAUGGCAGAAACAGCUAUGCCCCAAGUGGAGGCUGGCUGUUGCAGAGAAUGACAUUUUUGUAAUAUGUGGCUAUUUCAGACCUCUGUUCGGUCAUUAUGGGAGGAAAAAUGCUCCCUUCCCCUCUCUGUCCUACUUCAAGGGCAUACCUUGGAAAGACUCAGAGAAGGCUGGAGGUUGCAAUGUGGAGGUUGGGGAAGAGAGUUCUGAAGCCUCCAGCAGGGAGCAGAGUCUGGAAGUGCUGAUGUCUGGCACAGCUGGUGGGGGGGCGGAAGGACAUCUCUGGAGGUUGGACAGUUCCCUUGGAGUAGGGAUGCACUGUCCUGGGUGUGCUGAAAUCACACUUCUCCUUUACACAGUUGGGAACCUCAUUAGAAAUGGCCUUCGUCUCCCAGCAUCUGUGCUCCUUUCAGUAGUUCAGUCCCAGGUGGGAGAGUAUCCAGUGAAGACAGGUCAGUCAUUGUCACCGGAGAACACUUGAUUCCGGGUGUCUGGAGACUGUGCGACGGUAAUUUCAUUCCACGGACAUGCCACACUUGUGAGAGACAUCUUUCCUAGAGUGCCUCGGACCUUUAUUGCUUUAAAGGAAUUACGAUAAUGUUUUCAUUACUUCUUCUUAUUUUAAUGACUUAGUAAUGUGGCUGAAUCUGGUAUAGACUUUUGGGGGUAUGUGUGUGAAGUUUUUUAUCAAACUGUAAUAUUUGUGAAUGGAAUGCCUUGCAAUAUAAAUGUUAAUAUAAUGUGUAAAGGGAGAUUAAAAAGUUUGAAUGAUUAUUCUGCCACAUGGUCGUUAACUUUGCUGCAUUUUGUUUGGGAUUUUAGAAAGAAGUGGUGGGAAUAGGGUGGCUGAUUUCACCAUCUAAAAUAAACUCUUGACUAUUUGAGUAAAAA